UUAAGGAAACCAUGCCACAAUUUGACCGUUGAACACACAACAAUCUCCUUUUCUCUUCCCAACACUCUCACACACACUUUCUUUUCUGCUUCUUCUUCUAACCUUCUUCCACUGCAGCAAAAGAAGCAGAAGCACAAGUAGCAAUGGAGUCACCUCAGGCUAUGAAGUCGGGGCUGAACCUCCCAGCUGGGAUGUCCGGAACCUCGCUUCGCCUUGACACCAUAUCAAAGUCAUCUUCUUCGACCUGUAGCGACAGGUUCAUACCGUGCAGGUCCUCGUCGAGGCUGCACACAUUCGGCCUGAUAGAGAAGCCAUCACCGGCUAAGGAAGGAGGCAAUGAGGCCUACUCGAGGUUGUUGAAAUCCGAGCUCUUCGGCUCUGACUUUGCUUCCCCUUCUUCUUCUUCUUCACCAAUGACUAGUCCCAGCAAGAACAUGCUGCGCUUCAAGACCGAUCACUCUGGACCCUCCUCCCCUUUCUCGCCUUCCGUCUUGGGACACCGCACUGACUUCUCUUCUGAUUCUCCCACUCCUCCUAAGCCUCCCAGGAAAGUUCCCAAGACACCCCACAAGGUUCUGGAUGCACCAUCACUUCAGGAUGAUUUCUACUUGAAUCUGGUGGACUGGUCCUCACAGAAUGUUCUUGCCGUUGCACUAGGCACUUGUGUUUAUCUAUGGAGCGCUUCUAACAGCAAAGUGACUAAGCUAUGUGACUUGGGACCUCAUGAUGGUGUCUGUUCUGUCCAGUGGACCAGGGAGGGUUCUUUCAUAUCCAUUGGUACAAAUCUUGGUCAAGUUCAGAUAUGGGAUGGAAGUAGGUGUAAGAAAGUAAGAACAAUGGGGGGGCAUCAGACAAGAACAGGUGUGUUGGCGUGGAAUUCGCGCAUUCUGGCUUCAGGGAGCAGGGAUAGGAACAUUCUUCAGCAUGACAUGAGAGUUUCUAGUGACUUUAUUGGCAAGCUUGUUGGCCACAAAUCUGAGGUAUGUGGCUUGAAAUGGUCCUGUGAUGACAGGGAACUUGCUUCUGGUGGUAAUGAUAAUCAGCUAUUGGUAUGGAAUCAGCACUCUCAGCAACCGGCAUUGAGGCUCACUGAGCACACAGCUGCCGUGAAGGCUAUAGCAUGGUCGCCUCACCAGAGCGGUCUCCUUGCGUCCGGCGGUGGAACCGCCGAUAGGUGUAUCCGUUUCUGGAACACUACAAAUGGCCAUCAGUUGAACUUUGUUGACACUGGAAGCCAGGUUUGCAGCCUUGCUUGGAGUAAAAACGUGAAUGAGAUAGUAAGCACUCAUGGAUACUCUCAGAAUCAGAUCAUGGUGUGGAAAUAUCCAUCACUAGCAAAGGUUGCAACUCUAACUGGGCACAGCAUGAGAGUGCUUUAUCUUGCAAUGUCUCCUGAUGGUCAAACAAUAGUCACUGGUGCAGGGGAUGAGACAUUGCGCUUCUGGAAUAUCUUCCCAUCCAUGAAAACAUCUGCCCCGGUUAAAGAUACAGCUCUUUGGUCACUCGGCCGAACCCAAAUUCGAUGAUGAUCCCACUAAUGCUAAUGGAACAAGGCCAUUAUUUUGGUUACGUUGUUUGUAAUUAAAAAUCCUCCCCCUAAUAAAAAGGAUAUAGGCAUAUACAUAGCAACUUAGGAAUCGUAAAGUAUUAUUUACCUCACUAAUUUGUACUUUUUUAAUAGGCAUAUACAUAGCAACUUAGGAAUUGUAAAGUUUUAUGACAAUAAUUUCCUCGUGUUUUCACAGGAUUUAAAAAAGUACAAAUUAGUGAGGUAAUAAAUAAUACUUUGAAAAUAUGAUUAAAAUUUAAUAACCACUACAUAACGGGUAAGCUAAAAGCAUAUUUAACACCAACCAAUAGUGUUUCUUUAUUUUUCGGCCAUAAAUAUAUACUAAUGAGUAAUUGGGAUGCAUAUAUAUGAUAUCUGGAUAAGGAUGUCAAUGAGAGGGAAUAUUCUCCACCGGUGGACCCCACUUUGUCUUCAUCUACGCUUCAAAGUCACACCAAAAUAAAUAUUAAAACAAUUCUGCAUUAUCACAA